AAUACCUUUCAAAUCAAAUCAAACGUCAAAAGUUCACGACGCGAAUCGCAAUAUUCCCGUAUUUUUUCAGAUUUAUUCUAAAAAAGUUUAAUAGACCUGAAUAAAUUCUAUGAAAAGUUAUUUGCAAAUCCAAUGUGCUCGCAGUGAUAAGUGAGACGAUGUGAAUGGGGUGUGCUAAGUAGUGGAGAUCUGUUUAUAAUAUUGAAGAUUGUUUGUUGGUUGCGAUAGUGAAGUGAUUGCUGGGCCCGUUGGUCGCGAUCAUGCACGAUGUUGGAGGGACUGGUGGCUUGGGUGUUGAACAACUAUCUCGGGAAGUAUGUGGAGAACCUCAACACGGACCAGCUCAGCGUGGCGCUGCCCUCAGGCAAAGUGGAGCUAGAGAACCUGCCUCUGAAGAAGGAUGCAUUCCGCCACCUCGGGCUGCCAGUGGAGGUGCGCGCCGGGUUCAUCGGCAAGGUGCAGCUGCAGGUGCCCGUGCGGCAGAUCCGCUCUGCGCCGUGGCUCAUUGCCAUAGAGAACAUCUACAUAGUUGCUGCUCCUGUUAAUUUAGAUGAGUGGGAUGCGGAGGCGGAAGCCGUCAUCGCGCACGAGCGCAAGGUGGCGCUGCUGGACGCGCUGGAGGCGCAGUGGCGCGCGGAGCUGGAGGCCACCGACGCCAGCUACUACGCCACCUCCUACUCCUCGUGGCUCAGCUAUGGGACUGGCUUGCUGGCGAAUAUCGUCGAGAAUUUGCAGCUGAAACUGAACGACGUGCACAUCCGCUACGAGGACGCCCUAACCCUGGGCGGGCGCGCCUUCGCGUGCGGGCUCACCAUGCAGUCGCUGGCGGCGGAGUCGUGCGACGCGGCGUGGGCGCGCGGGUUCGCGCAGCUGGGCGCCGACGGGUGCUCCUUCAAGCUGCUGGAGCUGCAGCAGCUGGCGGUGUACUGGGACCCGGUGGCCGUGCCGGGCGGGCUGAUGAGCGACUGUACGGUCGCUGAGCUUACGGCGCGCAUGUCAGCAACAUGGCGCAGCGCGCACAGCUACCUGGUGGCGCCGGCGUCGGCCGUGGCGCGCGUGUGCCGCGAGCGCACGGAGCAGCCCCUCCGGUCAAGGACGAGGCCACGGAUCAAGUGCAACUUGACCUUGGACAAAGUGCUGUUGAAUUUGACUUCUCGCCAGUACAGCCAAGCAGUGGGAUGCGCGCGCGGGCUGGAGCGCAUCGCCCGGCUGCGCGCACACCGCGCCCUGCGCCCCGCCGGCGCCGUGGCGGGCGGCGCGCGCGCCUGGUGGGUCUACGCCGUCAAGUGUCACACUACGAGGCAUGAGUGGCUGGAACCCCGUCCGACCUGGUCCUCCUGCCUGCAAGCGGCGCGCGAGUGUCGGCAGUACGUGGACAUCUGCCUCGGCGUGCUCAACAACCCCGCCGCCACCCUUCCCAGUGACAAGAAGGCUAUCAAGGACGAGUAUGAGUGGAAGACGCCGCUGCAUGUGCUGAAGCCGCUUAGAGAGAUCGCGAUGCGCAAGGUGCCCAAAUCAACCCCCGUGUCCACCCCGGACAAGCCCGCCAGCUCCGGGCGCAGCAUGCUGGUUCACUGGUUCCCGCAGUGGUGGGGCUGGUACUCCGCGCCCCCCGCCCCCGAGGCCGCGCCCCCGGACCUAGAAGAAGAGAUACUGGAUGUACUGGCGGACUCACUGGAGAAUAAUACACUGUUGAAGCGGGAUACUGUGUUUGGGCAGUUCGAGUUCAUGCUGGUUAAUGGGAGUCUGAAUCUGAUCAUGGUGAACACGGAUGAGGAGGAGGCCAAUCCUGACAAGUCAUCCCUCCCGCAACUGGAGCUGGACUUCUCUCACGUGUCGCUGGGGCUGGAGUGCCGGCCGCGCACGGGCGGGCUGGGCGCCACGGCCGGCGUGGGCGCCGUGUGCGUGCGCGACCGCCUGCAGCCCACCGCCUACCCCGUGCUCGUGCACACCGGUCAAGUCCGCGAGGGUCUGUCGGCCAUGAACACAGCUGCAUCAGUCAUGUCGUGGUCGCGCGCGCCCGCGCCCCCCGCGCCCGCCGCGCCCCCCGCCGAGCCCCUCUUCCUGCUGCAGUAUGAGAAGAAGCCGUUCAAUAUGAACUGUGAUUACAAACUGUACGUGAAGUGCCAGUCGCUCGAGGUGGUGUACAACCGGCGCGUGGUGCGCUGGGCGUCGCAGUUCGUGCUGGGGCCGCUGGGCCGCCCGCCGCUGUCAGCCGCUGCUGUGAGGACGCGGCAGCACCUGCUCACGCACUGGCAGCACAUCAUGCGCGCGCAUCCGGGCGAGCGGCGCUCGUGGAGCGUGGAGCUGGACAUCUCAGCUCCCCAGAUCUUCGUGGUCGAAGAGCUGACGUCACGCGACGCGCCCGUGCUGGUCGUGGACUUCGGCCGCAUGAGGCUCAACAACGCGGGGCCCGCGCCGCCCGAGCCCACCACCCCGCCUAGCGAUGAUCACGAUGAGGAGUGCUUCAUGACGCCGUGCUCGACGCCGCCGGGCAGCCUGCUGUCGCCCGCGUCCCCCCCGCCCGGCGCGGCCCCGCCCCCCUCCGCGCACGCUAUCGAUGCUGCUAACUUGCAUCAGAGGCUAUAUGACAGAUACAACAUAGAGUUCAGCGACCUGCAGAUCCUGGUGGGGCGCGCGCGCGACAACUGGAAGUACGCGCACACCAAGACCAGCUCCAGCCUGCACCUGCUGGACCGGUUCAGCAUCUCGCUGCAGGCGGAGCGUAGAGUGGUGUGGACGCAAGACCCGCAGUUCCCGGCGGCCACGCUGCGCGGCACGCUGCCCGCGCUGGUCGUGCACCUCAGCGAGCCCAAGCUGGCCGCCGUGGCCGCGCUGCUGCCCGCCCAGCCCGACACCCCGUCACCGCGGCAGACAGCGCACAGCGCGCCGGCGGCGGCGGAGGACGAGACGGAGGACAGCGAGCGCUCGGAGCAGCAGCACAACGCAGCGCGGCUGUUCAUGCUGCAGUUCGCGAUCGACCAGAUGUCGCUUGAGGUCCAAUCCCGCGGGCGCAGCAUCGCCGAGGUCCAAGUGUGUGGCGUGAAGCUAGCCCUCACAGCUCGUCCUGUGGACGUGUCCACGUCGCUCUCCGUGCACUCGCUGCUGCUGGUGGACGCGCUGCAGACGUACGGGCCGGACUUCGAGCUGCUCGUCGCGAGCCAUAAGCAUGUCGGUAUGGACGUAGCAUCGGGCAGCAUCCGCGGCUCGGAGCCCACGUCGCCCGUGGCGCCCACGUCGCCCACGGCGCCCACGUCGCCGCCGCCGCCGCACGCGCUCACGCACGCGCUCAACGAUCUACACGCGCAGAUGUACAAGAAACAGGGCGAGUGGGAGCGCGCGAAGAGCCCGACGGCGGCGUGGGGCGCCCCCGUGGGCCCGUGGGGCGCCGUGCAGGGCUGGGGCCCCGCUGGCACUGGCUGGGGGCCUGGCGCGAGCACGCUGGGCGCGGGCGGCGGCUGGGCGGGCGCGGGCUGGGGCGCGGCCGGCAUGGUGGACGAGGAGGCGCUCAUCGCCAUCGAGCUGUGCUUCGUGAAGGGCGGAGAGGGCAGCGAGGACCUCAGGAUCGCUAAUAUAUUGUUUAAUAAUUUGGAUAUUAUUGCGAAUCAAGAAACCAUAGUGGAACUCAUAGGCUUCACGCAGCGUGUGCUCGGCACUAGCACUGCUAAGAAGCCGCCGACGGAGCCCGAGCACCCGGCCGAGCCACGCGCCGCGCCGCCCGCUGAGACCAGCGAGGAGACCACUGAGGAGGUGGUCAAGGAAGUCAGGACGGAGAUAACGUUCGACUUCCACCGUCUGGGCGUGCUGCUGCUGCGCGCGCAGGCGGAGGCGGGGCAGCUGGCCGCCAAGAAGAUCGCCACCGCCACGCUCAGCGAGGCCAAGAUACAGGCCACGCUCGAGAGCACGGGCAUGGAGGUGAGCGGGUCCCUAGGCGGCGUGGGCGUGGUGUCCCUCUGCGGGGGCGUGCACGCGCGCGUGUGCAGCGCCGGCCGCGCCGCCGCCCCGCCCCCCGCGCUGUACCGCGCCCCCGGCGGCGCCGCCCUGACGUUCAGGUUGACUAGGAAGUACUGUGACACGGACGUGUCGGUGUCGCUGUCGCUGCAGGUGGCGUCGGUGUGGUACACGCACUCGGCGCGCGUGCUCCGCGAGCUGCGCUCCUGCGUCAGCGAGUUCCAGCAGUACCUGGCGGACCUGGGCCGCUCCAUCCGCGCCGCCGCCGCCGACAUGGCGCAGGGGCUGGUGCAGCCCAGGAUGGAGGGUCUGUACGCGAACCCGAAGCUGUCCCAGUCGAUGGAGGGCGUGUCCCCGCGGCGCCGCACGAUCAGCCUCGCCACGUCCGUGGAUGAUCCCACCGACAAGACUGAUAUACUACUCAGCAUCACGAUAGAGCUCGAGACUCCCGUGGUGAUCCUGCCUCGCUCGGAGCGCAGCACGCAGGUGCUGAUCGCGCACCUCGGCCGCAUGAGCCUCGCCAACCGACAGGAGGGGGCCGCGGGGGGGCCGGGGGGCGCGGGGGGAGCGGGAGGCAGCGACUACACCGUCAAAGUCAGGGAUAUCUCGCUGCAUUCUCUGGACAUAGCGGAGAAGCUGAAGACACACAGCCUGACGGCAGAGAACAUGCCUCUAGUGUACGACGCGGCGGCGGGCAGGCCCGUGCUUCACGACACGGCGCUGCACCUCACUGUCAACUACAACGACGAGCCCGGGUGCGAAGUGACAGGCAAGAUAGUGGGCGGGCUGCGCGUGACGUCAACACGGGAGCAGUACGUGCAGCUCGUGGACACGCUGCGCUGGAUGGGCAGCGACCCCGCCGCGCCGCCACAGCAGCCCCCGCCAGCGCCCCAGCACAUGCAGUCGUCAGUGGCGGAGGGCGCGGUGCCCACGCUGCGGCUGGACCCGGCGGUGCGCGCGCAGGUGCUGGUGCCGCCGCCGCCCCGCGCGCCCGGACGCACCCGCCACACGCAGCUCCGAGUAAACUUCCAACUGCCUCACUUCACGGUGGAGCUGCGCGCGGACUUCGGGCGCGGGGAGAAGAGCAUGGUGGACCUCUCCUUCCGCGAGUUCAACGUCAACUACGAGCGCCUGCACCCCCACGAGACCAACAUACAGAUGUCCCUGCACUCAAUAACAAUGGAAGACUUAACUCAAGACCCGGAGUCCAAGCACCGCAUGCUCAUGGUCUCGCACACGCCUCAAGUUCCCAAGGCGGUUUUCGUCUCCAAGUCCUGCCCAGACUUCGUCACAGAAUACCCAAUAGACGACCUAUGCAGUAUGAGCUCGCUGCAACAAAUGAGAUGGAACUACAACUCGCUGCCCAGUGAACUCAAUGUGACAGACAGAGAGGGUGGGAAGAAGCGAGACAGCAAGUGCGGGGCCACGCCCCCCUGCUCGCCCGAGGCGGGGGGUGAGGCGCGGGGCAGUCUGCAGGGGGAGGAUAACCUGGUGUGGAUCUCUGUGCAUAUUAGAGACCCGCAGCAUCCGCUGUUUGAGGAGAAGUUUGAUAAGGUGUCGAAGCUGACGAAGGUGGAGUUCAACUGCCUGAAGCUGGUGGUGUCGGUGGACAGCUGGGUGGCCGUCAUCGACUUCUUCGGAGACGAGGCGGCCGAUGAGCCCGACGAGGACACUGCGCAGAAUGCGGCGCCAGAGCCAGCGACGGUGGCGCCGGCGGCGGCGGGCUGCAGCACCACGGAGAUGUCGAUCCGCUCGCUCAGCGUUCUGCUCGUGGGCUGCCGCGGCGAGGGAGACAUCUGCCGGGGACAGGUGUCCCGCCUACGCCUGGAGUCCCGCGCGGACCUGGGGGCGCGCACGCGCUCGCUGGAGGGGCGGCUGGGGGCGCUGGCGCUGGCGGACCUCACGCCCGCCGCCCCCGCCUGGCGCGACCGCCUGCUCACGCACGGCGACCACGCGCUUAGCUUCAGCUACCGACGCCUCAGUCCAUCGGAAGCCGCCUCCUCCGGUCACGACACCUCUCUCCACAUCACGACGGGCCCCGUGACGUACGCGCACAGCCGCCGCUUCGUGGCGCAGAUUGCCACUGCUGCGAGCGACUUCAGCCGGCUCAGGAGUCUGAUACAGCAGGCUAGGCAGAAGGUAUCGGUAGCCGUGGAGCUAUCCUCGGCCACGCGUCUCUCGCUGCACGUGAGCUGCGCGUCGCCCGUGAUCGCGGUCCCGGUGUCGGGCCGCGUGCGUGCCGCCCUGGUGGCGGAGCUGAGCGCGCUCACGCUGGACAACUGCUUCCUGCUGGCGGGCGAGCCGGGCGCCGCCGCCCCCCGCACAGACCCCGCCUGCCCUCACCGCGAGGUGCUAGACGUGCGGCGCAUGCGCCUGUCCGGGCUGUCGCUGUGGGCGGGCGGCGGCGGGCGCGGGCUGCGGCUGCGGCGGCGCGGCGCCCCGCUGCUGCCCGCCCCCGCCGAGCUGCUGCUGCAGAUCGAGCUCAACUGUAGUGCUACGCAUAAUGUCCCAGACAUGACGAUCCAAGGCACGCUCAGCACGCUCCAGAUCACGCUGGACCCGGACCAGUACCGACUGAUCCGCGGCGUGUUAGCGCACAACCUGGGCGACGCCGGGGGUGAGGGCGGCGCGCCGGGGGCGGGGGCGGGGGGAGAGCCCAUGACGACCGCGGAGCCGCCGCCCGCUACUGACACCGGACAGGUGUGGACGACGACUUGCAUCAAGCUGGACCUGCACGGGGUGGCGCUGGCGCUGCAGCCGGCGCGCGGCGCGGCGCUCGCCACCGUCAACUUCAUCCAGUCGCGGCUGCUCAUCGAGACCGACAGCCGCCUCCACCAGGACAUCGACCUCGUCAGCCAGGAGAUCCUGGUGAGCGACACGCGCUUCGCCUCCGAACCCGCCAACCGGCGCGGCAACGUGUUCACGCGCAUCGUGCAGCCGCAGCCCGAGCGCCGCCACCGCGUGCAGGCCGAGCUGCACGCCAGGAAACGCGGCACGUCGAGCGCGUACACGAUCCUGAUCAACAACAUGCGGCUGAUGGCCAUCUUCGACUGGUGGGAGGCGGCGCACCACUUCCUCAUGCUGCCGCCGCUCGACCCGCAUUCGCCAGGUGAGAGCCCCUUGCCCUGCGCGACAGCGGGUGGCGGCGGCUGGGCGGCGCCCGCCCCGGCGCCCGGCACGGUGGAGCUGAAGCUCAACAUCACGGACUCGCAGGUCGUGUUCGUGGAGGACGCCUCCGUGUGGGAUACCAAUGCUGUCAUAUUGAAGAGCACAACAGUGAUCACCUACCGCGGCGCGCAAUCCGCUCGGCCCGUUUCCUGCGUCCUGAACGAGCUGGAGGUGUUCUCGUGCGUGCUGGGGCUGGAGGAGGAGACCGCGCUGGCCAUCGUGGAGCCCUGCGCGCUGCACAUGGACGUGCUGGACCACCACACUCUCAGGCUGUCGACGCGGUCGCUGAACCUGCGGCUGUCGUACCACGACAUGCGCAUGUUCGCCGCCAUGCUGCGCUCCGUGCCCGAGCAGGCCAGGCUUGCGCUUUCCGGUAAAACCGAGUCGCCAUCCCAAGAGCCGGACGUGCCGGCGAACAGGCUGCGCAUGCGCGCGCCGGCCACGCGGCUGGGGGCGCUGUCGCUGCGGGUCAGCGCGCCCCCCGCCCCGCCCGCCGCACCCCCCGCGCCCAGCAUGUCGCCGCUGCAUGCUGUUGAGGUGCAAGCGGACUGCAUCACACUGUGCGUGAUCGACGACUGCUGCGACUCCGACGUGCCGCUGCUCGAGGUGUCUCUCAGCGAGCUGCACGUGCAACAGGACCUCCGUAAGGUAGAAGAAGCGUUCAGCGACCCGAUCCUAGUCUCGACGCCGGCGGGGGCGCCUCCCCCCGGCCCCCUCGCCCUCCGCCCCGGCCCCGCCGGCGGCAAGCUGACUGCCACGCUCAGCGCAGACUACUAUAAUAGAGUACUAUCUGGUUGGGAGCCUUUUAUAGAGCCUUGGAAGUUCUCCCUCUGGUGGGAGUACACCCUCUCCAGCCGACUGUCCUUGGCGCGGCUGCAGGCGGAGGUGCACUCCGACAGCACGCUGGACGUGAACGUGACGCACGCGCUGCUGGACCUGCGCGCCGCCACCAGCGCCGCCUGGAGCAGCCAGAGCCAGAAUUCUGCCGCGGAGGCCUCGCCCAAAGGCAGCCCGAUGGGGCACCGGCGGCGCUCGCCCUUCGUGCCGUACGCGCUGCGCAACCACACCGGACACAAGUUGUGGUUCACCACCAUCGUCACCACUUGUGAUGUUCUAACAGAACAGAGCACGUACUCCGGGCCUGACGACUCGUGGGUGUGCGUGAAGGCGGGCGAGACGGAGCCGUUUUCCUUCGGCGCGCGCGCGCGGGGGCGGGGGCUGGGGUCCGGGGGCGGGGCGCCGGCGCGGCUGCACCAGCUCGCUAUACGCCUGGAGGGGUGGUCGCCGCCCGCGCCCGUCUGUGUGGACAGGGCGGGCGUGUUCUGGCGGAGUAUGACGCAUACGAAGACGGAAGCGGAGGCGCGCAUGGUGCUGGAAGUGUCGCUGGAAGGGUCCGCCCGCAAGCUGGUGACGGCGCGCUCGGCGCUGCGCCUGCUGAACCGCCUGCCCCACGCCGUGGAGCUGCGCCGCGACCACGCCGCCGCCGCCGGUCAAUGGAGCGGCUCAACCCCCCGCACAGCAACCGUCGCGCCGGGCGCGUCGUGGUCUGCCCCUCUGUCCCCCGGAGCGCCCCCGCUGUGGGUGCGGCCGCUGGCCCGCGCCCCCUACUCGCAGUGCGUGCGCCCCCUCGACUGGCGGCAGGCCACGGCUGGCCGCCCCUAUCAUGGGCAUUAUCAGUGCACGGCGCCGGACCGGAGUCAGUAUAGAUUCAGCUGCGUGGUGGUCCGCGAGCGCUUCCCGCCGGACCGGGGGCCCCCGUGCGCGGGCCACACGCUCACGCUGCUGCCCGAGCUGCGGCUGGAGAACCUGCUGCCGCUCGAGCUGCAGUACCGCGCCCGCGCUGCUGAUGACGAGCCGCCCGCCGCCGCCGGCGCGCUGCCGCCCGGGCACACGCAGCCCUUCCACGAGGUGAACGUAGAAGAAGGCGUGGAGCUGUCCGUGAAGCUGGAGGGGUUCGCGUGGUCGUCCCCCCUCAGCGUGGGGGGCGCGGGGGGCGCGGGCGGCGCGGGGGGCUCCUUCACCGCGAGGCUCAAGCUCAGAGACGCAAAGGGAAGGAGGCUGUAUCUGAGUGCGAGAGUUAGCGUGAAGAAGACUGAUGGGAUUAAGGUGUGCAUAUCAGCCCCCUACUGGCUAGUCAACCGGGUGGGGCUCCCACUAGUGUACCGGGCAGCCGGCGGCGGCGAGGCGGCGGGGCAGCAGCCCGAGCACGAGGUGGCGCGCGCGCGGGCGCCGCUGCUGUUCAGCAUAGCUGAUGAUGCUCCGCCCACGUUGGCGGUCAGGGUGGGGAAGUGCGACAGCGGGACGCCUGAGUGGUGCUCCCCCUUCGGCCUGGGCCCCGGCGUGGUGGUCAAGCGGCUGGAAGUCCGCGGCGGCGGCGGCGGCGACCGCGUGUACUGCGUCGGCGUCAGCGUGCGCGCCGGCCGCGGCCGCUACCGCCACACCAACAUCGUGACGCUCACGCCAAGAUACCAGCUGCAUAAUAACACGAAGAUGGUGCUGCAGUUGGCGCAGAAGUGCACCGCUACUGAUCUGAACGACCCGGGCGCCAUAUCCACCCACGUGACCGCGCCCCCUGGCUCCUACCUACCGUGGCACUGGCCCCGCUGGGAGCGGCCGCAGCUGCUGUGCGUGCGCGUGUGCGGGGCGGGCGCGGGGGCGGGGGCGGGGGCGCGCACCGCCUGGUCGGGGGCCACGGCUGUCACGCCGCGCUCCGUGCAUCUUGCGUGCAGGGAGCCGGGCGGCGGCUACGUGUUCCUGCGCGUGGAGGUGGUGGCGCAGGGGGCGUCCCUGUUCAUAGUGCUGGGGGACAGCGCGCCCCUGCCGCCCCCGCUGCGCCUCGACAACCACUCGCCGCUCGCACUCAUGUUCCACCAGGUGGGUUGCGGCGAGGAGUCAGUGGUAGGCGCCCACGCGUCGCUCCCCUGGGCGCUGCCGGAGCCCGAGGGCGGGCGGGCGGUGUCCCUGCGCGCCCCCGGAGGCCCAAGACUGACGUUGCAGCUGGAUGCGUUAGACACGAGGCACAGUCUCGCCUAUCACAACUUUAUUUAUGUUGCGUUUGCGCGGAGUGAGAGUGGCAAAAACCCCAACGCCACGUCGCCCACGUCCAAACAGAACGCAACGACGGUAGAGGACGUGCUCGUACUGGAGGUACCCAUCGGAAGUACGACGGUCAUCCUCGGCAAGAAGAGAUACGGGGAUCGAUCGCAGCUGUGGCGGCGCGGGCCCAACGACUCGCUGAUCCACGAGGGCAGCUCGCCGCCGCAGCCCACGGACGCGGCCGGGGACCACGCCGCCGCCGCCGCCGCCAUGCAUGCCAUGGUGCUAGACAUCGAGGGCCCGGCGCCGCGGCCCGGCUGCCCCGCGCCGCUCGCCCUGCGCCGCCCCUCCCCGCGCCGCGCCUCCACGCAGGCCUGGCGCCUGCUGCGCGGACGCAUGACCUGCGCGCACGACACGCUCGCCGUCACCGCCGCUAAUACACCCGGCGCCCGCGCAGUCCUAGCCCUAGCAGCAUCAGACCGCUCGGGGCAGCCGCCGGCGGAGCAGGCCGUGCAGUGGCAGACGCUGCGCCCCGGCUCCGGACACCUCGACGUCAGGGUGUAUGCUGACGGGCCGACUACGGUGCUGAAGAUUGUGGACUCUAAGGAACCGGAGUCAGGCUGGCUCGAGGGCUCCCCCUCCCCCCCGCUGCCGGCGCGGCGCGAGUGGGGCGCGCGCGUGUCGCUGGCGGGCGUGGCGGUGUCGCUGCUGGCCAGCGCGCCGCCCGCCGAGCUGGUGCGGGCCGAGCUGGCCGGGGUCCGGGUCGACCUGGCCGUGGCGGAUCAUGUGAGGGUCGCGCUAGCCGUGGAAGAUGUGCAGUUGGAUAAUCAGCUCCUAGGCACGCCCUCCCCCGUACUCCUGUACUGCCUCAACCCGCCCCCCGCUCCGGGCGCGGCGGGGGCGGCGGGGGGCGCGGCGCUGCACGCGGCGGCGGACCUGGCGCUGGCGCCGCCCGGCAAGUACAACGCGCUGUUCUUCGACCAUCUCGUCGUCUCGCUCGCACCCAUCGCUAUACGGCUGGAGGAGAGACUAAUCCUGAAGCUGUGCGUGUGGGCGGCGUGGGGCGACGACGCGGCCGCCACCGAGCACGUGGACGAGACCGACUACGAGACGCAGCGCGCGCUGCAGCAGCUGUGCGCCGUCCACGCGCCGCGCUGCUACAUCGCCGCGCUGCGCCUCAUGCCCAGCCAGGUGACUACUCACUAAGAGACGCAGCGCGCGCUGCAGCAGCUGUGCGCCGUCCACGCGCCGCGCUGCUACAUCGCCGCGCUGCGCCUCAUGCCCAGCCAGGUGACUACUCACUACGAGACGCAGCGCGCGCUGCAGCAGCUGUGCGCCGUCCACGCGCCGCGCUGCUACAUCGCCGCGCUGCGCCUCAUGCCCAGCCAGGUGACUACUCACUACGAGACGCAGCGCGCGCUGCAGCAGCUGUGCGCCGUCCACGCGCCGCGCUGCUACAUCGCCGCGCUGCGCCUCAUGCCCAGCCAGGUGACUACUCACUACGAGACGCAGCGCGCGCUGCAGCAGCUGUGCGCCGUCCACGCGCCGCGCUGCUACAUCGCCGCGCUGCGCCUCAUGCCCAGCCAGGUGCGGCUGUCCAUGUGCACGGCCAACAAGCUGGAGGGCGAGCUGGCGGCGGUGAAGCGGCGGCUCGGCCUCACGCUCAUCAAGUUCGAGGACGCCGCCGUGGAGCUGGAGCCCUUCCAGCGAAGACACGCCUUCGAGACGCCGCAGUACUUGGCGGAUAUGAUAUUGAAGCAUUUUAAGGAUGAGCUAAAAUGGCAAGCGGCCAAGAUCCUGGGGUCGGUGGACUUCCUGGGCAACCCGCUGGGGUUCGUGGCGGACGUGUCGGAGGGCGUGUCCGGGCUCAUCUACGAGGGCAGCGUGGGCGCGCUGCUCAAGAACGUUACUCAUGGGAUCUCUAAUUCUGCUGCUAAGGUUACUGAGUCGCUGGGCGAUGGUCUGGAGCGCGUGAUAGUGGACGAGGCGCACGAGGAGACGCGGCGGCGCAUCCGCAGCGCGGGGGCAGGCUCGCACCUGGCCGCCGGCCUGCGCGGCCUGGGGCUCGGCUUGCUGGGUGGCAUGACGUCGCUGGUGAAGCACAGCUACGAGGGCGCGGCGGCGGAGGGGCUGCCGGGGUUCCUGGCGGGCGUGGGCAAGGGGCUGGUGGGCACCGUCACCAAGCCCGUCAUCGGCGUGCUGGACCUCGCCGCCGAGACCGCCUCCGCGCUGCGGGACACCAGUCGCAGGUCAGACAAGUGGGUGCCGGCGCGGCGCCGCGAGCCGCGCUGCGCGGCGGGCGCCGGCGGGCUGCUGCCGCGGUACUGCGCCGCGCAGGCCGCCGGCGCGCACCUGCUGUACCAGCUGAACAACGGGGACUACGCCGAGCUCUAUGAAUUUGGGGUUAGGUAUUUCUACAAUUGCUUACUAUAUACCCUCCCCCGGCAGGUGUUCCUGGCGUACCGGCUGGUGCGCGCGACGCCGCACGACAUCCGCGCGCUGCUGUCCACGCUGUUCCUGCGCAUCUUCACCUGCAAGCAGCGCCAGCCGCACCUCGUCAUGGAGACGCACCUCAGCAACCUGGUGUCCUGCGCGGCAGUCACCUCGGAGGGCGCGCACUUCGUGGAGCUGGGCGUGCGCGGGGGCGGCGCGGGGGGCGGGGGCGAGGCGCUGCGCCGCCCGCGCGUGCAGUGCGACAGCGCCGAGCUGGCGGCCUGGGUCGCAAGACACGCCGCCUACGCGAGGCAGCUCUACCACGAGACUGUGCAUACGCUGCACCCACACACUGAUGUGUAGGACCACAGUCACGAGGAUGUAGGACCAGGAAGUGGUAAGGUUGGAAUUGAGGAGUGAAGUAGGUGGAGAAAAGGGAAUGUAGCCGCUGGCGGCGGCUGUAUAGAGCCCAAAUAUUCCGGGAAUUAAAAUGGGACUUUAAAUGGUAAUGUAAACCUUGUGUAAUCUUUUAACGACUGAAAUAAUAGUAUUACAUAAUUAUAACUGUCACGAGACUCAUAGCGUGAAAUUGAGGAACAAAUUCAUUCCGUGUAAAUGAAACGUAUACGAUACAAUUAAAAGACAACCUGUGACUUUCUCCAGCAGCAGAAUACUCAAUCGUGUGGCAAAUAAAGUUGUCCUAUAGAGGUAAAAGCAGCAUAACACAGAAAUGACUGCUAAUAUGUUACUAAUAGACUCCUGAUACGACUGAAUUUUAUGAAAAUCUUUGUACUGUUAAAACGUUACAUGGCCUCUACUUACUCUACUGUAAGUUACUGUAGUUAAAAUUAUGUACUGUGACUAAACCUAUUACCUCUUCUUAACAGUAUAAUUAUCAGUAGUCAUUAGAUAUUAUUGUACAAUUUUGGAAAAUCUUUAGUGACAUUUUCUAAAUACUGUCAAGUCACACUAUAUCUACUUGUAUCAAGAACGUAAACCUUAAUAUGACCCCAUAUUUUAUAUUCACAAUUACAAAUAACCAAGAAACUGAUUGAUAACAUCACAAGAUAAUUACGAAUACUUUGGUAAACAGUUCUGUGUAAAUAGUUAGUUAGUUAUAUGAGAUGUUUUGUAAAUUUCGCUCUUUGUGUAACAUAGCUGAGUGUUUUGUACAUAUAGAUAUUUAUGUAGGUAUUAUAUUUUCAGAGCAGAACAAAUUCUACUUUUAAAGUCAUGAUGGUAAUGCAUAAUAAUUAUGUUAAAGAUAGUUCUUUCUAUGUUUAACUGAUAAAGAAAGUGUGACUUGAAUGUGAUAGAGUGACAAGUACUAUCUAAUUGCGUAAUUGACCAUUAGGCCUCCCAUCUGGCUCCCUAAAGAUAACGAAAUAUAGACGGUCAGCAGUUACCAGUGAACCAACAUGAUAUUGUAUUGAUUUAAUUACCGAAGUGAUCAAUGUGAUCAUACUAUUAUAUUAUAUUUUGUGUACGAAAGAUUAGUGUGAGGUAUGUGGACGUUGACCAUGAAGUGAGGCUGUGAUCAGAUGAAGUUGAUGUUGUAUUGUUGAUGAUUUGCUACGGAUGAGACAUGUUUUAAUUAAGUUUUGACUUAUUUCAAAAUUUUGCUGAUGUAAUUAAUACGUAAUGGGUAGGUUUUUUUCACUAAGGUUUGUGGGAUAGUAGGUACCUAAAAUAUUUAACCAGCUUGAUGUAACGACCAAAGUAUGUUUUAAACAAUUUAUUUUAAGCGGUAGUAAUAUUUUGUUACAAUUAAGUUUAUUUAUUUUACUAUUAAUCGAAACGCUGAUUUACUAAUUUAUUUGAAAUGGUUGUUACUAGGUAUUUGUUGAAUUGAGCAAUAAAGUAUUUUUUUAAUAUA